AUGUCGAGCCCUCAAGAACCCACUGGCGAUAACAGUCGCAAGAACUUUGAGCAAAUCACCUUCAGAUUCUGCUCAGAGUGCUCAAACAUGCUGUAUCCCAAGGAGGAUCCAGACUCCCACAAACUCCAGUUUACCUGCAGAACCUGUCAGUACACUGAAGGAGCCACCUCGACGUGCGUUUUCAGAAACUUGAUGAACAACGCUGUCGGUGAGACCGCCGGUGUCACUCAAGAUGUCGGCUCGGAUCCUACGGUUAGUCAAUUAUCUCCUACUAUCGUGGCCCUUGAGUCGUCCCAGACCAGUGUUUGGGGUGAGUAUAUUCGCACUUACCAUGCCGCCGUCAUGGCGCAUGCAGAGGAGCUUGAUGAGCUUGUCGAGCUUUCCCAUGAGGAAUUCGUCAUAAAGAACAAGAACUUGGCGCGUAGCCUCGGCGAAGUUCAGAUUCUGGGUGAUGAUUUUGACAAGGCUGUUGCCGACCUCGCAUGGGCCGCCACAUACAAGUGUCUUGACUCCGUCGCCCAAGCAGCAAUGGACGAGGAUUACGUCCGGCGAUUUACGGAAGGCGAUAAUCAGAGCAACUGCUUUGAUGGCGACGACUUACAGGGUUUCUUGUUUGACGGCGACGACAUAGACCCUCCCGAAGCCUGCGACGACUCGGAUGCAACUGCAUCUUAUCGAUUUUCUUGGUAG